AUGCCUAGCCAUAUCCAGUUUGCAGAGCCUUGCUCAAAGAAAAAGGAAAUCCGACCGUGUCGGAUAGACACGAAGGAUAGCUCCACGAGUACCGAAAAGGGGUCGACCCAGAGGACACUGUCUCCAGGCAGUGAAAUUGUUUAUCUGACAGGAUGGAGGCUCAUCCUCACUACCAUAGGGCUUCUGAUUGGCUUCUUCUUAUCCAAUCUGGACGUAACGAUUGUGAGCUCGUCACUCACCAACAUCACCGAUAGUUUAGAUGGGUUCGACAAGAGAAGCUGGAUUAUUACCGGAUAUCUAGCCACUUACACGGGUUUCAUGGCAAUAUGGACCAAAGCCAGCGACAUAAUUGGGCGGAAACAGACAACGAUUGCUGCUCUUGUCAUUCUGCUCGCAUUCUCAAUUGCGUGUGGUUGCGCCCAGACUGUGGAUCAACUGAUUAUAUUCCGAGCACUUCAAGGAAUCGGGGGCGCCGGCGCAUAUGCGCUUGCAAUUCUAUGCAUCUACGAGAUUGCUCCAAAAUCGAAACUUCCAACCUACAGUGGUCUCAUGUCAUGUUGUCUGGCUCUUGCUUGCCUGAUUGGACCGAUUAUCGGAGGUGCCCUUGCGGGUGACUCGGCCUGGAGAUGGGUAUUUCUGAUCAAUGCUCCACUAUGUACUAUCGCAAUCGCCAUCAUUAUGAUUGCGAUGCCCAAAAACUUCGGUCUUGAUCAACAUACCCCGUCAUUCAGAACAAGAGCAUCUUACCGUUCCUUCGCAAAUCUCGACCUCGUGGGAUCUGUACUCAUCAUCAUCGGUUCUUUCCUGAUCGUCACGGUGCUGAACGAAACAAAUCUCGCAUUUUCAUGGUCCUCAGGAGGUGCGAUUGCGCUUCUUGUUUUAACGGGUGUUUCCUGGAUUGCUUUCUUUGCCUGGGAGUGGUACAUCUCGGGCAUUCCUGGAAAAGAUCCGAUCUUCCCUAAGCGUUGGUUCUUUGAUCGUCCAUGGAUGGGUAUUCUCAUUACCUCAUUCGUGACCGGCGCUCCAUUCAACGUCGUCUUGGUGUAUGUCCCACAGCAAGCCCAAAUACUGCUCGACAAGUCGCCUCUUGACUCGGGAAUUUACCUUAUUGGAUACACCGCUGUCGCAGCAGCAGCUGCGGCUCUUGUCAAUAUUGUCAGCUCCAAGGGUCGUAUACCCUUUGUUUAUUCUCUUCUCGUGGGCUGUGUAAUUCACACUGUCGGUAUUGGGCUCCUGUCCACCAUUGCCACUUCCAAAGGAUUCCACGCCACGGACGUUGUCUAUGGAGUCAUAGCUGGUAUUGGGAUGGGGAUAAUUUUGGGUGUUCUGAUGCUGGCAACGCCAUACAUUGUCGAGGACAGAGAUCUUGCAAUCGCCACUGGCAGUGUAGUACAAUUCCGAUUUUUGGGCGGCGCUAUUGGCCUCGCCAUUGCCUCGAAUAUCCUCAACGGCCACCUGACCCAUCAUUUGCAGGGUGUUCUCUCAUCCCACGAACUACAUCUAGUCCUCGAGAACGUGAAAUAUAUCACAAACUUUUCGCCAGAACUACAGGAAAAAGUCAAGGGAUUCUUUGCCGAUAGUUACAGCACGCAGUUGAGAGUCAUGAUUGGAUUUGCGGCUGCGCAGCUUCCUGCCGUUCUCCUACUUAUCAGGCGAGGCCAGCGACAACUUGCGGCCGACAGAAUGGCGACAUGA